GUUUGACUGAGGCGACACACAAACCAAAAGUAAGUGUUUUAGUGCAACAUUGAAACAGUAGUUAACACUUACUGACAGAGUGAAUACUUCUGAAUACACAGCUCGUGAGGACUCGAGCGUUGUUACCUGACAGACUUCACUAACCAUGGGGAAAGAAGAAGACUUUGAGGAAGAGGCUCUGAAAGAAAUGGAAGAAGAAUACUCUAAGACCAUUCGUCGGUUGUUUAUCCGUUGUGUGGCUCUUCCUGGUGUGACUGAGGAGUUGUGGACGGAGGAGAACAACAGCGCUGUGGAUCAGUUCAUUGUGAACGACUCUAUCACAACCAUGGUGGUCUACGUGGACGCCUAUGCCAGGCUGCGGGUGGAGUAUUCCAUGCCUUUACCGGUGGUAGAGCAGCUGUUCUUUUUUAUCCGCGUGGCAGGAUCCAUAAUCACAGCUGAGACGUUCGAUGUGGUCAUACAGUUUGGCACAGUGCGAGGCGACCCAGCCAAGAGGCUGCUUCAUGACAUGACCUGUGUACAUGCCCAUGCAGUUGCCCUCAGUGCCCAUGGGGAAAAGAGUAUAAAGGACAACUAUACCAACCACAUGCACUGCUACCUUGCCAGCCUCACAGAUGAUGUGUAUAAAAAGGUGGGCAAGACAGUUCUAUACAUUCCACUGGAAGGUCUACAGUCCAGCCCUGAGGAGGCCAUAAAGAACAAGAAACUGGUACAAAGAAUGGAAACUGUCAUGAUCCACUGGACAGAUCAGAUCAAAGAGCUACUGAAUGACCAAGAAAUAAUGAACACGAGGGACAAAUGUGGCCCGCUGCAGGAGAUAGAAUUGUGGAAGAGUCGCUCUGUCAAGCUGGUAGACAUCAGCAAGCAGUUGCAAAAGCCCGGGGUCAAGCACAUCCAGAACAUCCUGGAGCUCUCCAAGUCUCUCUAUGUACAGCGCUUCUGCAAACUGGCCAAGGAAAUACAGGAUUGCUCACUGGAGGCCCAAUCGAACCUGACCUACCUAUCCAUGUUGAAGGGGCCCUGUGAAGAGCUAGCUCAGCUAAAGCCGAGCCAAGUUGCUCCCAAGCUGCAACACAUUGUCAGUCUCAUUCGCAUCAUCUGGGUCAACUCCACCCACUAUAACACCAGUGAGAGGAUCGCUGGUCUGUUCCGCAAGAUAAGUAAUGAGAUCAUCCGCCUGUGCUUCCAAAGCAUCUCUCUGGACAGGAUCUUUGAGGGCUACGUGUUAUCCAGCAAGCAAAACCUCAGUGACUGUAUCCAGUGCUGCCUGUCUUGGAAGGAAAUCUACCAGCAUGCCUCACAGCUUCACCACAAGUAUUCUUCAAAAGGCUGGGUCCUGGACCAAACAAGCUUUUUUGUGGUGAUUGAUGCUUUCAUUCAGAGGUUCAGAGACCUGCUUGAGGUUUGCGACUGCCAGUAUCAGUUUGCCCGUUGGGAGGAUGGUCAGCAGAGGGCUCUGCCAUGCUUCAGCAGUUGCCAGGGACCAGAGUUCACCCGCUCCCUCCUGGAGAUAGAGGGCAACUUCCAUCGUGGGUUACAGAAGCUGGGCUCUGUUGACAAGGGCAUCCUUGAUGUUGAGAGCACCACAUGGUGCAAUGAAUUCAACAGGUUUCGUGCAUUGAUAAAGGAUCUGGAAAUGAUGGUGCAGAACCUGAUCAGUUCAGUCUUUAAGACGGUGUACACCGUGGAGGAAGGAGUUCGCCUUCUGGACAUUUUUAGGCCUAUUUCUACUCGAGAGGCUGUUAAGCUCACCACAGAUGAAAAGGUGGAGGAAGUAUACAACAUAUUUAACAAGGAGCUCAAACUGGUCAAAAAGGAGCUGAACCAGAAGUCAAGGUCUUUUCCUGACCAUAUGCCACGAAUAGCAGGCCAGGCCCACUGGGUGACGGCCCUCAGACAUCGCUUAGAGAGACCCAUGGAGGUGCUUCAAAAGGCCCACUUCAUGCCUGACUCAGACAGCCGCAAGCAGUUAGUUUUGACUUAUGGCCAGAUGGUCCAGGUUUUGGAUGACACGGUGAGGAAGUACUACAGUGAGUGGAGCCAGAACCUGGACGGACAGUACAUCAAGAGACUGGAGCUGCCACUCAUGGUGCGCUGCAAGGACAAGACUGGCAAGCUGGACAUCAACUUUGACAAAGACCUAUUGAACCUGUUCUCUGAGAUCUACUACUGGGAACGACUAAAGUUUGAGAUCCCUCAGAGUGUGUGUAACAUUUACCAGGACAGAGAGGAGCUCCGAGUCUUAAGGGAGAGAACGCUGCUGCUGAUUAGGAACUAUAACAGGAUCAUUGGAAUGCUGUCUCCUGAUGAGUUGGGUCUGUUUCGGGACCGGAUUCGGUUCAUGGAUAAAAAGAUUCAGCCGGGGCUCACCAAGCUCGUGUGGUUAUCUAAAGGAGCUUCUAAUGUAUUCAUCCGAGACUGUCUCCUGCACAUAGACAAGGUCCAGUCAGUAGUUGAUGGAUACAAAGCAUCCAAUCUAUCCAUCUCCAAGCUCUGUCGCCAGAUUAGUGAGACAUUGCUGAUUAAACUGGAUGGAAAGACUGUGUACAGGAACUUAGAGUUUGAGGAUGACCAGAAGGCUCACCAGCAGAGGUGUCUCCAAAUGUUGCGUUCAACACACCAGAAUAUUGUCGAUAUCAUGACCAGCAUUCACAACAUCUUCUCUAAUGAUGGACCUGAGGUCCAGGACCACUGGGUGACCUACACAGAGAAGGUGGACCACAUGGUAGAGGAGGCUCUAAAGAGCAACAUCAAGCAGUCCAUGAAGAAUCUAUCCAGGGCCAUCAAUGGAGACAGCAAGACCUCACCCAAUCCGUUGUUCAAAGUCCAGGUCGCACUGCGUCAGACAACUCCCCAAACCACACCAAAGGUCGAGUUCUCCCCGACGCUCGGAAAGCUUGCUCAGAUUGUGAACAUUAUGCCACAGCUCAUCAGCACCAUCUCAGAGUUAAAACGACUGCCUGAACUUUUCACCUCCAAACAGUCACAGGGGAAUCCCAUACACAUCAACAUAGAGCAAGACGAGGAAAUAAGAAAGAUUCAAGCUGCGGUUGCCACAGGGAUGACAGCCAAUGCCGGUCACCUGCAGGCCUAUCUGAAGACCUGGGACAAAUACAGGGACAUCUGGGAGAUCAACAAGGACUCCUUUAUACAACGCUACCAGAGAUUAAACCCACCAGUCACUUCUUUUGAUGCAGAUAUACACAGGUACACAGAAAAAGCCAACAGUGUUGAACAGGAAGAGACGGUACUGAACAUCCGGUUUGUCAUGCUGGAUUGUUCACCACUCAAGUCCUCCUUGGUGCAGCACUGCAGCGAGUGGCAAACCAAGUUCACUCAGCUGCUCAGUCACAUUGCCAGCACCCGCCUAAAGGAACUUCAUGCCUCGCUGCAAGAUAGCACCGACAGGCUGAGACAACCCCCUCAGACACUGUUAGAGCUUGAUGAGAGCCUGAAACUCUUGGACACUCUCCGGGGUGAUUUGGCUAAGACAGAGGCUCAGAUUCCUCUCAUCCAUGAUCAGUUUGCUAUCCUGGACAAAUAUGAGGUCCCAGUGGAACACGCUGUGCAGGACAUGCGUGAGGUGCUGAAUGGGAAGUGGGUGUGGUACCAGCAGGUGUUGAUUGACAGUGACAUCAUGCUGCAGAAGCACAAGGAGAAGUUUAAGAACGGCCUCGUCGUCUCCUCCGAGGAGUUCAAGAAGAAGAUCCAGACCACUUUAGAGGAGUUCAACAGCGCAGGUCCAUUCGACAGUGCGCUGAGCACCGAGUUGGCUUUAAAUCAAAUAGCAGAGCAUCGCAGCCAACUGGAGAUUCUAAAAGAGGAAGAGAGCACCAUCCUUCACGGACUGGGCUUCUUCAAAAUAGAACAAACCCCUUCCAAAGUCAUCCGGACGCUGGAGAAGGACAUAGACUACCUGCAGCAGGUCUGGGAAAUCACACAGGACUGGAAUGCCAACUGGAACAUCUGGAAGGUUGGUCAGUUUGCUACGCUGCAGACGGAGAGCAUGGAGAGCACAGCACAGGACAUGUUCAAAAAACUCCACAAACUUCAGAGAGAACUAAAGGAUAAGGAAUGGGACAUACUAGAUUUCUCCAAGAACAAGAUUGACCAGUUUAAAACGAUCAUCCCUCUUAUUGCUGAUCUGAGGAACCCAGCCAUGAGAGACAGGCAUUGGAAGCAGAUCUGUGAAGAGGUGCAGUGCUCUUUUGACCAAACCAGCACUGAAUUCACCCUGGAGAAGAUCAUGCUUCUAGGGCUCGACAAGUAUGCUGACAAGAUCUGUGAAAUCUCUGGAGCCGCCAGCAAGGAACUCUCCAUAGAACAGGGUCUAGAGGGUAUUACCAAGACAUGGGAGGAAACAAUCCUGGACAUAGCACCUUACAAAAAAGGCCACUACCGGCUGAGGGGCACAGAUGAGGUUUUCCAGGUCCUGGAUGACAACCAGGUUAUCCUGUCCACAAUGAAGGCUUCUCGCUUUGUCAAAGCCUUUGAGCGGGAGGUGGACAGCUGGGAACGCCGGCUGUCCCAGGUGCUGGAAGUCAUUGAGAUGAUCCUCACUGUGCAGCGUCAGUGGAUUUAUCUGGAGAACAUUUUUCAAGGAAAGGACAUUAGGGAGCAGCUGCCUCAUGAGUGCAAAGAGUUUGAAGACGUUAGUUCUAGUUGGAAGACAAUAAUGGGCCGUCUCCACAAGGAUAACAAUGCCAUACGGGGGACACACCACUCUGGUUUGCCAGAGAAGCUGUCAGAGAUGAGCGUCAAGCUGGAGGAGAUCCAGAAGGCCCUGGACAUGUACCUGGAGACCAAGAGGCAGAUCUUCCCAAGAUUCUAUUUCCUCUCCAAUGAUGACGUGUUGGAAAUCCUGGGGCAGUCACAGAACCCAGAAGCCAUGCAGCCACACCUGAAGAAGUGUUUCGACAACAUCAAGAGCCUGCGCAUUGAAAAGGAGGGCAGUAAACCUGAAGCCAUCGGGAUGUAUUCUGCUGAUGGGGAGUUUAUUACUUUCAUCCAUCCAGUGCAACUGGACAGACCUGUGGAGGUUUGGCUGUGUGAUGUGGAGAAGACCAUGCGUAUUACACUAAAGGACUGUCUGAGCAACUGCCUCGUAGCUUUGAAGAGGAUGACAGGGCAGAGAGACAAAUGGGUCAAAGAUUGGCCAGGACAGAUGCUGAUCACAGCCAGUCAGAUCCAGUGGACCACUGAUGUCACCAGAUCUCUCAUUACUAGCAAGGAGAGAGCUGAUAAGUCCUCCCUCAAGUCCAUGAAGAAGAAACAGGUCUCCAUGCUUCAGAGCUAUUCAGAGAUCAUUCGUGGCAAUCUGUCUAAAGUGCUACGCCUAAAGAUCGUAGCGCUGGUCACAGUGGAGGUUCAUGCUCGGGAUGUCAUUGAUAAGCUGGCGAAGGCGGGCUGCAAUGACGUCAAUGCCUUUGAGUGGCUCUCCCAGCUGCGACUAUACUGGGAUAAGGAUGUGGAUGAUUGCAUAAUCCGCCAGACCAACACGCGCUUCAAGUACGGCUAUGAGUACCUGGGCAACUCUGGACGACUCGUCAUCACUCCACUGACUGACAGGUGUUACAUGACCCUGACCACAGCACUCCAUCUCCAUCGAGGCGGCUCUCCCAAAGGCCCAGCUGGUACUGGGAAGACAGAGACAGUGAAGGACUUGGGCAAAGCUCUCGGCAUGUACGUCAUUGUAGUCAAUUGUUCUGAAGGACUGGACUACAAAUCCAUGGGGCGGAUGUACUCUGGUUUAGCACAGACAGGGGCAUGGGGGUGCUUCGAUGAGUUCAACCGUAUCAACAUCGAGGUGUUGUCAGUAGUGGCCCAGCAGAUCCUCUCCAUCCUGUCCGCUCUCUCAGCCGGACUGUCCAAGUUCCAUUUCGAUGGACAGCACAUACGUUUGGUGUGGUCAUGUGGCAUCUUCAUCACCAUGAAUCCCGGUUAUGCUGGUCGUACUGAACUUCCAGACAACCUUAAGUCCAUGUUUAGACCGAUCUCCAUGGUGGUUCCAGACUCUACUCUGAUUGCUGAGAUUAUACUGUUUGGAGAGGGCUUCAACAACUGCAAGCUGCUGGCUAAGAAGGUGUUCACCCUGUACUCCCUGGCAGUGCAGCAGCUAUCUAAACAGGACCACUAUGAUUUUGGCCUGCGUGCUCUCACCUCCUUGCUUCGCUAUGCUGGAAAGAAGCGCCGCUCUUGCCCAAACAUUCCUGAUGAAGAAAUCCUGCUAAUGGCUAUGAAGGACAUGAAUAUUGCUAAGCUGACCUCGACUGACCUGCCGCUGUUCGAAGGCAUCAUCCAGGACUUGUUCCCUGCUGUGGAAACACCCAUUAUAGACUAUGGCGAGUUGAAGAAGGCCAUAGAGGAGCAACUUCAUCAGAGUGGUUUGCAAGUGACUCCUUUUACCAUGACCAAAGUCAUCCAACUUUACGAAACCAAAAACUCCAGACACUCCUCCAUGCUGGUGGGCAAGACAGGCAGUGCUAAGAGUGUCACCUGGAGGACCCUGCAGAGUGCCCUCACUGCCCUGCACCACAGAGGAGUGCCUGGCUUCCAGAUGGUCCAGGAAUAUCCUCUGAACCCCAAGGCCAUGAGUCUGGGAGAGCUCUACGGAGAAAAUGACCUUUCCACCAAUGAGUGGUCUGACGGAGUGCUGUCCUCCCUCAUGAGAUCAGCCUGUGCAGAUGAGAAACCAGAUGAGAAGUGGAUUGUGUUUGACGGGCCCGUUGACACACUGUGGAUAGAGAGUAUGAACUCUGUUAUGGAUGACAACAAGGUGCUGACGCUCAUAAAUGGAGAGAGAAUCUCCAUGCCUGAACAGGUGUCUCUGCUGUUUGAAGUGGAGAACCUGGCAAUGGCCUCUCCAGCUACAGUGUCUCGCUGUGGGAUGGUCUACAAUGAUUACAGUGAUCUGGGAUGGAAGCCUUUUGUUCAGUCUUGGCUAGUCAAGCGACCCAAGGCUGAAGCGGCCCAUUUAAAGCUUCUGUUUGAGAAAUAUAUAGAGAGCACACUUAACUUUAAGAAGAGCAACUGUAAGGAGGUGAUACCCAUCACUGACCUUAAUGGAGUUACCUCUCUCUGCCGCCUCUAUGACUGCUUGGCCACAUCCAGCAAUGGGGUGAAUACUUCAGACACAGACAACUUGGGUAGGAUAGUGGAGCUCUGGUUCAUCUUCAGCCUUAUCUGGUCCAUCUGUGCCUCUGUUGACGAGGACGGACGCAGGAAACUAGACAACUUCCUACGAGAGAUUGACGGAACCUUCCCCAUCAAGGACACAGUUUAUGAGUACUAUGUGGACACCAAGAACAAAACUUGGGCUUCUUUUGAAGAUAAGCUGCCCAAGGACUGGCGCUACAAUGCCAGUGCUCCAUUCUAUAAGAUUAUGGUUCCUACAGUUGACACCGUUCGGUACAACUUCCUGGUUAAUGCUCUGGUGUUGGGUCAGUAUCCAGUGCUGCUCACCGGGCCGGUGGGCAUUGGUAAAACCUCAGUGGCCCAGAGUGUCCUGCAGGGAUUAGAUAAGAAGUGGUCCGCCCUCACUGUCAACAUGUCUUCACAGACCACGUCUAAUAACAUCCAGGCCAUUGUGGAAAGCCGUAUAGAGAAGAGAACCAAAGGUGUGUUUGUGCCAGUGGGUGGGAAGCGCUUGCUGUGCUUCCUGGAUGAUCUCAACAUGCCAGCUAAUGAUCUCUUUGGCUCCCAGCCACCUCUGGAACUGUUGCGCCUCUGGAUCGACUAUGGCUUCUGGUAUGACCGCCAGAAACAGACGCUAAAGUUUGUAAAGGACAUGUUCUUGUUAGUGUCCAUGGGGCCCCCUGGUGGAGGGAGGAAUCACAUCUCUGGACGCUUACAGAGUCGAUUCAACCUCAUCAGUAUGACCUUCCCUAAUGACUCCCAGAUCAGACGGAUCUACAGUACUAUGAUCAACCAAAAGCUGCAGGGGUUUAAGGAGGAUGUGAAGCCCAUUGGAGAGAUUCUGACUCAGGCCACCUUAGAACUGUAUUAUGCUGUUUCAGCUCGUUUUCUCCCCACUCCAGCGAAGAUACACUACCUCUUCAACCUCAGGGAUAUCUCCAAGGUGUUUCAGGGUCUGCUAAGAGCUCACCCAGACUUCCACGAUACCAAAAACAACAUUACACGACUGUGGAUCCAUGAGUGCUUCAGAGUUUUCUCAGACCGGCUUGUAGAUUACAGCGACAUGGAGGCCUUUGUUGCUUUGCUGGGGGAAAAACUGGGUUCAUUCUUUGACCUCACGUUUCACAGCAUCUGCCCAACCAAACAAUCACCAAUAUUUGUGGAGAGCUUUCCAGAUUGGUGCAGGGCUGGUGGCAGGAAUCCAAGAUGCAGGUGUGGAGACGAGACAGGGCUGGAUGUGGCAGGUGAUUUCCUGAGUGAGUCUCAUGUGUAUGAGGACUUACAAGAUAUGAAGAGUGUCAAGAAGUUCAUGGAGACCCAGCUGGAGGACUACAACCUGACACCUGGGGUAGUCCCCAUGAGCUUGGUGCUCUUCCGAGACGCUAUUGAACACAUAACCCGUGCAGUACGUGUGAUCAGCCAGCUCAGGGGCAACAUGCUGCUGGUUGGUGUUGGGGGCUCCGGUAGGCAGAGUCUGUCUAAGAUGGCCGCCUCAAUCUGUGAGUACCAGGUAUUCCAGGUGGAAGUCACCAAGCAGUACCGCAAACAGGAGUUUCGAGAAGAUAUCAAGAAGCUGUACCGUUUGACUGGCGUGGACAACAAGCCCACAGUCUUCCUGUUCAAUGACACCCAGAUUGUCGACGAUUCCUUCCUAGAGGACAUCAACAACAUCCUGAGUUCUGGAGAAGUUCCUAACCUGUACAAGCAGGAUGAGUUUGUUGAGGUAUGCAAUGCUCUGUCAGAGUCUGCCAGGAAGGACAAUGUGGUGGAGACUCCUGACUCUUUGUUCAGCUACCUGAUAGAGCGAGUCAGAAACAACCUGCACAUAGUUCUCUGCAUGAGCCCAGUGGGAGAGCCCUUCAGGAACCGUAUCCUCCAGUACCCAGCCCUCGUCAACUGCACCUCCAUUGACUGGUUCUGUGAGUGGCCCAAAGACGCUCUGCUGGAAGUAGCUGAGAGGUACUUGGAUGGACUGGAGCUGGGCUCCGUGGAGGGGAUCCAGACAAAGGUUGCCAGCAUCUUUGUGACCACACACCAGUCGGUAGCACAGGUGUCCCAAAGGAUGAAGUUGGAGCUGCGCAGACAUAACUAUGUGACACCCACCAACUACUUGGAGCUGGUGUCUGGAUACAAGAAACUGUUGGCAGAGAAACGCAAUGAAUUGGGCGAACAGGUGACCAAGCUGCGUAACGGCCUUUUCAAGAUCAGUGACACGCGGGAGAAGGUGGAGGCCAUGUCUGUAGAGCUGGAGGAGGCCAAGAAGCAGGUGGCAGAGUUCCAGAUACAGUGUGACGAGUACCUGUCUGUCAUUGUACAGCAGAAGAUAGAGGCUGACAAGCAGCAGAAGGCGGUGAGCGCUAACAGUGAGAAAAUCGCAGCAGAAGAGCUGCAGUGUAAAGCCAUGGCUGAGAAUGCACAACGUGACCUGGACGAGGCCCUGCCUGCCCUGGAGGAGGCCAUGAAGGCCCUGGAGUCUCUGAAUAAGAAGGACAUGACAGAGAUCAAGUCGUAUGGGCGUCCCCCAGCAUUGGUGGAGACAGUGAUGCAGGCUGUCAUGACCCUUCAGGGCAAAGAGCCUACCUGGACAGAGGCCAAGAGACAGCUGGGUGAGUCCAACUUUAUCAAAACAUUAGUUAACUUCGACAAGGACAAUAUACCUGACCGCGUGUUGAAGAAGAUCGGCCAGUACUGCAGACAGGUAGACUUCCAGCCAGAGAUCAUCGGCAAAGUAUCGCUUGCUGCCAAAUCCCUCUGCAUGUGGGUCAGAGCCAUGGAGGUUUACGGGCGUAUCUACAGAGUGGUGGAGCCAAAGCGGGCCCAACUAAACACUGCCACGGCCCAGCUGGCUGAGAAACAAGCCGCACUGGCUGAGGCCCAGGAGAAACUACGAGAGGUGGGGGAGAAGCUAGACCAGUUGAAAAAGCAGCAUGGUGAGAAACUAGCCAUGAAGGAGAGUUUGCGGAAGAAGUCCGAAGAGAUGGAAGUGAAAUUGGACAGAGCUGGCAAACUGGUGACUGGACUUGCUGGAGAGAGGAUUCGCUGGGAGGAGAGAGCUGCUGGUCUUGAUGAAAACAUGAGCUACCUGGUAGGAGACUGCUUGCUAGCAGCAUCUUUCCUGUCUUACAUGGGACCUUUCCUUUCCAACUAUAGAGAUGAGCUGCUUGCCAUCUGGAUGAAGGAGGUACAGGACUCACAGAUCCACUGCACACCAGGGUUCAGUUUUGCAGUGUUUAUGUCUAAGCCUACAGCAGUGAGGGACUGGAACAUUCAGGGUCUGCCCUCUGACGCAUUCUCUACCGAGAACGGAGUUAUCGUCACCCGCGGGAACAGAUGGCCGCUGAUGGUGGACCCUCAAGGCCAAGCUCUGAAGUGGAUCAAGAAUAUGGAGAUGAAGAGAGGUCUGAAAGUAAUAGACUUUCAAAUGCCAGACUACCUGAGGGUGCUGGAGAAUGCCAUCCAGUUUGGGAAUCCUGUUUUGCUGCAGAAUGUCCAGGAGGAGUUGGAGCCCUCUUUGAACCCAGUUCUUAACAAGUCCCUGACACAGAUAGGUGGCAGGCUGCUCUUGAAGCUGGGUGAUAAGGAGGUGGAGUACAAUCCAGAGUUUCGUUUCUACAUCACCACCAAGCUGUCCAACCCCCACUACACUCCAGAGAUUUCCACAAAGACCACCAUAGUCAACUUUGCUGUCAAGGAGCAGGGUCUGGAAGACCAACUACUGGGAAUUGUGGUGCGUAAGGAACGUCCAGAGCUAGAAGAACAGAAAGACUCGUUGGUGAUCAGCAUUGCUUCUGGCAAGAGAAGUCUGCAGGAGCUGGAGGAUGAGAUCCUCAGGCUGCUGAAUGAGGCGACUGGCUCCCUGCUGGAUGAUGUGCAGCUGGUCAACACCCUGCAGACAAGCAAAGUGACAGCCACCGAGGUUUCAGAGCAGCUGGAGAGCAGUGAACAGACCGAGAUAAAGAUCGACUCUGCUAGAGAGGCCUACCGUCCAUGUGCCCAGCGAGCCUCCAUUCUCUUCUUCAUCCUAAACGACAUGGGCCGCAUUGACCCAAUGUACCAGUUCUCACUGGAUGCCUACAUUAACCUGUUCAACCUCAGCAUGGAAAAGAGCAAGCGCAGCCACAAGCUGGAGGAAAGGAUUGCCAACCUCAACGAUUAUCACACACAUGCAGUGUACAGGUACACGUGUCGUGGUCUUUUUGAGGUUCACAAGCUGCUCUUCAGCUUCCAGAUGUGUGCCAAAAUCCUGGAGGUGGCUGGCAAACUCAACAUGGAUGAGUACAACUUCUUUCUCCGAGGAGGACUUGUACUUGAUAAGGAGGAUCAGAUGGACAACCCCUGUACCAGUUGGCUGGCAGACUCCAGCUGGGACAACAUCACAGAGCUGGAUAAGCUGCCCAACUUCCAUGGCAUCAUGGUCUCCUUUGAACAGCACCCCAGAGACUGGAACCUUUGGUUCACCAGUGCUGAGCCAGAGAAUGCCACACUACCAGUUGACUGGGAGAAUACCUGCAAUGAGCUCCAGAAGAUGCUGAUAGUGCGCUCCCUGCGCCAGGACCGUGUCUCCUUGUGCGUCACCUCUUUCAUUGUUAAGAACCUCGGCCCUCAAUUUGUGGAGCCACCUGUUCUUGACAUGAAGGCUGUUGUGGAGGAAUCCACCUGUAGGACUCCUCUAAUCUUUGUUCUGUCUCCUGGAGUGGACCCCACAGGAGCCCUGCUGCAGCUGGCUGAGGCCUCUGGCAGGAGCAAAGACUUUCAUGCUCUCUCUCUGGGUCAGGGACAGGCCCCCAUCGCCAAGAGCAUGAUAGAGGAGGGCGUCAAGAAUGGUCAUUGGGUGUUCCUUGCAAACUGCCACCUCUCUCUCUCAUGGAUGCCUGAGCUGGACAAGUUGGUGGAGCAGCUACAGGUGCAGCAGCCCCACUCAAACUUCAGACUCUGGCUCAGCUCUUCACCACACCCUGAAUUCCCCAUUACCAUCCUGCAGGCUGGCAUCAAGAUGACCACUGAGCCACCAAAGGGUGUGAAAGCCAACAUGAAGCGUCUGUACCAGCUGGUGACGGAGGCUCAGUUCAGCCGCUGCUUAAAACCUGUCCUCUACAGGAAGCUGCUCUUCUCCCUCUGCUUUUUUCACAGCAUCCUGCUGGAAAGGAAGAAGUUUUUACAGAUGGGCUGGAACAUUGUCUAUGGCUUCAACGAUUCCGACUUUGAGGUGAGUGAGAGUCUGCUGAGUCUGUACCUGGAUGAGUAUGAGGAGAUUCCCUGGGAUGCACUGAAGUACCUCAUUGCCGGGGUCAACUAUGGAGGUCAUGUCACAGACGACUGGGACAGACGUCUUCUAACAACGUACAUCAAUGAUUACUUUUGUGAUGCUGCCAUAAACCAGCCCUUCUUUAAGUUGUCCCCCUUAACACCCUAUUACAUCCCCCGUGACGGUCCCCAGUCCUCAUACAUGGAAUACAUCAGCGCGCUGCCGUCCACAGAGCACCCUGAAGUGUUUGGCCAGCACUUUAAUGCUGACAUUGCUAGCCAGAUCGCGGAGACCAGGACGCUGUUUGACACCCUGCUCUCCCUGCAGCCCCAAGUCACCAAUCCCAGUGCUGCGGGGGCCAGGCCCAGUCGAGAAGAUAAGGUAUUAGAGCUGUUGGCAGACAUUCGUGGAAAGAUCCCAGUACUGAUUGACUACGAGCGCACCAGGUCACUCCUCCAGGACAAUCCUUCGCCGCUUAAUGUGGUCCUGCUGCAAGAGAUCCAGAGAUACAACUCCCUACUGGACACCAUUAUUUUGUCCCUGGUGGAGCUGGAGAAAGGGAUCAAAGGCUUUGUGGUGAUGUCAUCCAGCUUGGAGGAGACCUUCCACUGCAUCUAUGACGCCCGUGUACCACCGCUGUGGGAGAAGGCGUACCCCUCACUCAAGCCCCUGGCAGCAUGGACCAGGGAUCUUUGCCAGCGAGUCAAUCAGUUUGCACGCUGGGCAGAGACGGCCCAGCCCCCCAACUUGUUCUGGCUGUCCGGCUUCACCUUUCCCAACGGUUUCCUCACUGCUGUGCUGCAGUCCUCUGCUCGACAGCACAACAUAUCAGUGGACACGCUGUCUUGGGAGUUUAUAGUGUCCACUUUAGAUGACAGCAACCUCCUUUACCCGCCCAAGGAUGGAGUUUUUAUCAGAGGUCUGUACCUGGAAGGGGCUGGUUGGGAUAAAAAGAACUCCUGUCUGGUGGAAGCUGAACCCAUGCAGAUGGUCUGUCCUAUUCCCACCAUCCACUUCAAACCUGUGGAAAACCGCAAGAAGACGUCCAAGAGUAUGUACCUGUGUCCCUGUUACUACUUCCCCGUGCGUUCGGGCGGGGCAGGCCGAGCAUCUUUUGUGGUCAGUGUAGAGCUCAAAUCUGGAGCUGUGACCCCAGACCACUGGAUCAAGAGAGGGACUGCUCUUCUCAUGAGCCUGGACAACUGAAGGCCUUAAAACACACACACACUCACACAUUGACACUGACACAAUAUUAUUUAUUAUUUUAGCUGUUUCUUACUGUAUAAGCUGUUGAUAAAAUUUGAUAAUAUCCUCAUGUGUGGCCGUGUUUUAAAGGCCACAGGUCUACAAUAGACAGCCAAUGAAAACUGUGUGUUACUUCUGAAAUGUAUUGGAUUCCAUGAAGCAGGUAUUCACACCUGGGGCUUACCAAUAAAUGGACUGAGUCACUCCUUAACUCUUUGAAGUCAGUCUGACACAGAUCUGGCAAGGUUUCUUCCACCCUUCUUUCUUUUUUGUUUCCCCUCUCUGCCGCCAUCUGACUGAUUAUUCACUCCUUUUCACAGACACGCAUCAGUCUUUCCAUGCUGACCCCCUUUUUACCCUGCUCACACAUAAACACA